GCCGCGGGCCCCGCCGCCCGCUCGCCCCUUCCGCGAGGGGUUGGCCAUGCCAGGUAGCGGCCCCCAGGAAUACGGGGUACUUUGCAUUCAGGAAUACAGAAAAAACAGCAAAGUGGAGUCAAGUACACUUAACAGCUUCAUGGGCUUGAAGGAUCACCUGGGGCACGACCUCGGCCACCUGUAUGUGGAGAACGCUGACCCACAGUUAAGUGCAGCUGUACCUUGGUCAACGGUAGAUAAACCAACAAUGGAUACAGUUAAUGCUGGGAAGGAUGAAAAGGAGGUGUCUGAAGAGAAUGCAAGCUCUGGUGACUCUGAAGAAAGCACAAAUUCUGAUCAUGAGUCAGAACAAUUGAGUAGCAUUUCAGUAGAGCCAUGCUUAUUAACCAAGACUCACAGACAACUAUGUAGGUCUCCCUGUUUAGAGCCUCACAUACUGAAGCGCAAUGAAAUUUUGCAAGACUUUAAACCCGAGGAGUCCCAGACUACAUCCAAGGAAGGGAAGAAACCCCCUGAUGUGGUACGAGAAUACCAAACAAAACUGGAGUUUGCACUUAAGUUAGGUUAUUCUGAAGAACAGGUUCAGCUUGUGCUAAACAAACUUGGUACAGAUGCUUUAAUCAAUGAUAUUUUGGGAGAACUUGUCAAACUUGGAAAUAAAAGCGAGGCUGAUCAAACAGUUAGUACCAUUAACAGUAUAAUGCGGGAAACAUCUUCCCUGGAAUCUCAGCGGUCUGAAUCUCCAAUGCAAGAGAUUGUAACAGAUGAUGGUGAAAAUCUGAGACCAAUAGUUAUUGAUGGCAGCAAUGUGGCAAUGAGCCAUGGAAACAAAGAAGUAUUUUCCUGCCGAGGAAUAAAAUUAGCAGUGGAUUGGUUUUUGGAAAGAGGCCACAAAGAUGUUACAGUCUUUGUUCCUGCUUGGAGAAAAGAACAAUCCCGGCCUGAUGCUCUCAUCACAGAUCAAGAAAUUUUACGUAAAUUAGAGAAGGAGAAAAUCCUGGUGUUCACGCCAUCCCGGCGAGUCCAGGGCAGGCGAGUGGUGUGCUAUGACGACAGGUUCAUCGUGAAGCUGGCUUUUGAGUCAGAUGGCAUAAUUGUGUCCAAUGAUAACUACAGGGAUUUGGCCAAUGAAAAACCAGAAUGGAAGAAGUUCAUAGAUGAACGAUUAUUAAUGUAUUCAUUUGUUAAUGACAAGUUCAUGCCUCCUGACGACCCUCUUGGCAGACAUGGCCCCAGUCUGGAUAAUUUUCUGAGGAAGAAACCUAUUGUUCCUGAACACAAAAAGCAGCCUUGUCCAUAUGGAAAGAAGUGUACCUAUGGACACAAGUGCAAAUAUUACCAUCCCGAAAGGGGCAGUCAGCCUCAGCGGUCAGUGGCUGAUGAACUUCGUGCCAUGUCUAGAAAUACAGCAGCCAAAACUGCAAAUGAAGGAGGACUGGUGAAAAGCAACAGUGUUCCUUGUAGCUCUAAGGCUGAUAGCACUUCUGAUGUGAAACGAGGUGCUCCAAAGAGGCAAUCAGAUCCAAGCAUAAGGACUCAAGUCUACCAAGACCUAGAAGAAAAGCUUCCCACCAAAAACAAAUUGGAAACCAGGUCUGUACCUUCCUUAGUUAGUAUACCGGCUACUUCUACUGCAAAACCCCAAAGCUCUACAUCUCUAAGCAAUGGCCUUCCAUCUGGAGUUCAUUUCCCACCUCAGGAUCAAAGACCACAGGGACAAUAUCCUCCAAUGAUGAUGGCAACCAAAAAUCAUGGAACGCCAAUGCCUUAUGAACAGUAUCCAAAAUGCGACUCCCCUGUUGACAUUGGAUAUUAUUCCAUGUUGAAUGCAUAUUCAAAUCUGAGUAUCUCAGGCCCACGAAGUCCUGAAAGGCGUUUCUCAUUAGACACAGAUUAUAGAAUAAGUUCUGUAGCUUCUGACUGCAGCAGUGAAGGGAGCAUGAGCUGCGGGAGCAGCGACUCCUAUGUGGGGUACAAUGACCGGUCGUAUGUCAGCUCUCCCGACCCGCAGCUAGAAGAGAAUCUGAAGUGUCAACACAUGCACCCUCACAGCCGCCUUAAUUCCCAACCUUUCCUGCAGAAUUUCCACGACCCCUUAACCAGAGUGCAAAGUUACAGUCACGAAGAACCAAAGUUCCAUCACAAGCCUCCUCUUCCGCACUUGGCGAUGCAUCUGCAGCACCCCGCUGUGGGCGCCCGGUCCAGCUGUCCCGGUGAUUACCCCUCUCCCCCGAGUUCGGCACACUCUAAGGCACCACACCUAGGCAGGUCCCUAGUGGCCACCAGAAUAGAUAGCAUUUCUGAUUCUCGCCUCUACGACAGUUCUCCUUCAAGACAGAGGAAGCUUUAUUCCCGCCAGGAAGGGAUGGGAAGCUGGGACAGGCCAAGUUACGGGAUGGAUGCGUAUGGGUAUCGGCAGACUUACUCCUUGCCCGAUAACUCCACACAGCCGUGUUACGAGCAGUUCACCUUCCAGAGCCUACCUGAACAGCAGGAGCCGACUUGGCGGGUACCGUACUGUGGGCUGCCGCAGGAUCCUCCAAGGUACCAAGAUAACCGAGAAAAGAUUUACAUCAACCUGUGCAACAUCUUCCCACCUGACCUUGUGAGAAUUGUCAUGAAAAGGAAUCCUCACAUGACGGACGCCCAGCAGCUCGCUGCAGCCAUUUUAGUGGAGAAAUCACAGCUGGGUUAUUGAAAGAUGAUGCAUCUUUGUGGUGUUUAGUAGUUUUUUGUUCAGCUCAAAUGCUGAGGGAGGUUUGCUACAAUAGCACAUGUGAUCUCCUUCUCAGCAAGGAGGUUAUAUAGUAUCCAUUUAUGUGAAAUACUGUAUCAUGGAAUCUGUAUGUAUAGCCCCACAUGGUGGAAGUAUCACGAGAUUGCUUUACAUUUAAACUUUUUUUUAACAUUUCCUUUUUAAAGCUAUAUCCUUGGCUGGAAAUUUUUCCAGUUUGAUUUAAUAGAUGUAUCUGUGAUCUUUGAUAAUAAUCUUUGGUGCAUCAGGGGUUUAUAUGCAGCACUUUUUAUCCUUGUUUCAUGUUUUAUUAACUUGGUGUUUGUCUAUCAAUUGCAAGCAAUUACAGUACCUUCAAAAUGUGGAGCAUUUGACUAGACCUAGCAAACUAUUUUUUCAAGCCAAGCUUAAUUAGACUCUUUUACAGCUUUUUAAGUUAUUUUUAUUUGGGGAAGGUGGGCUUCUUUGUGCUAUAAUCAUUAUUUAUAGAAACAAAGAUAUACUACAGCACUGACUUUAUAUUUUAAAUAAAAUGUAAGUUACCAGUUUAUGUUGAAAUGGGUAACGGUAUAUAUUAGAAUGAUUUGCAGUAUGGCACUUUUCAUUGUGUUAUUUUUGUUUGGAUUUUUUUCUGUUAAGAAAUUAGUUAAUUUAAUAUGGUCGAUAUAAAAGAAAGCAGAUGCAAUCAAUGGAAAAAUUGUUUCCAUUUUUUUUUUUUUAUGUAUAAGGCAAAAGCCGUAACUACUACAGUUUGCAGUUUUGUUAUCCAGCUAUGAUGUGCUUCUAGACAGCAAAAAUGGAAUUGAAUUCCUAGAUUUCCAUUAACCUGUAUUUUUAAUAUAUCUGUCUUUUUGUUUUGGGGCACAAUACUGGAUAAAAUAACCCUUUCACAGUACUUGCCUGAUUUUAAUGAAUCUAAUUAUUCUCAAUGCAACUUUUAUAUUUAAUAGACUCUUAUAGCUUUCCUGCUGUUUAUCAAGGCUGGCCUGAGAUGGUUUUGUGUUGAGCAUAUGCAACAUUUAUUGAUACUGCACUAUAAAAAUGGUGAUGGAGGAGUUGUGAGUGGUAACUUAAAAUUUUUGUAAGAUAUUGUAUAUUUUCCAUUUUCCUGAAGGUAGUUUUUUUUUGGGGGGGGGCCUGUUAUAUUAUUAAGGCCAGAUUCUUGCCACAAAUAGUGUAGUUUUAGAUACAGACUAAAGUCUGUUCUAGUAUUAGUAAGGGAUAUUUCUGGUUUCAAAGUCAUGGGUUUUGCUAGCUACAAAUACAUUUCUGCAGAUUAGAAGACAGAUUUUGCAGUCAGUGGCAGACACUUGUGUGAUUGACAGAACUUGACUGUUGCCUCCAGAUUUUGGGUUUUACUCAGUGUAAUGGACACAUUCAGAUCUGUUUCUGUAGUCUGCCUAGAUGCCCUGGUUAUUCUGAUUAUUCUACAUGCUACAGUUUGAAGUAAAGCCCUGAAAAACCAGAAAGUACCUUUUACUGUUGAUACAAAUUGUAUCUUUUUAACUAUAAGAACUAUUUUGAUUUGUAGAUCUAGUUAAAACACAAGUGUGUAACUCUGAUUAGACUUUUGGGCAACAUUUUAUCCCUUAUUUAAAUACAGAUUUUUAAAGUAAAAUUGAGGUCUAGAAUAGGUUAGAAAAUAAAAGUAACAAUUUAGGCAAAUAAAAGUGUCUGUCUUAGUUUUAUAUAAUAUAUUAAAACAUAUUAAAUAAGUUUAUUGGCAUUUUCUUUCUCCUAAAACUUAUCUAGUGUGAACUUAACUUAAAAUAAAGGUAAAAUGCUGCCUGAAAAUAAUGUCCAAGCACCUUUGACUAGGAUAACAUUUUCACUACUUGUGUGACACUGUGUGUUGCAUGAAGUAGGAUUUGGGUAUACAGUAAAUGCUUCUAAAAGGCAUUGUGCAUAUUGACAUAUCCAAUAAUCUGAACCGUGUUCAGCAAACUUAAUUCAGGAGAGUGGUGUUCUACACAAUUAUUGCUGUUGUGUUUGAAAUGACUGUGGUACUCAUCUGCACCCAGAAAUAUUACAGAUGAUGCCUCACAAACCAUUCUGAGUGGUGCCUGAGAGCAACCCUACUCACUUGUGAAAUUGUUCUCCUUGAUUUUGUUGGUCACUAUUUAUAGAACAAGUUUAAAUGUAGAGGCUAACCCAGUGCCAAAAAUAAGAUUACAAAUGUGUAAUACCUCUUACUUUAGUUAUGUUCUAAGACUUUUUUAGUAUGAAAUCACUUUUAAAUUAUACAUGUAGGUUUUGCUUCCAUUUUCUUCACUUUAGCAUUUUAAGUAUUUGAAGGUCUGCCAAACUUUACUAAAUUUAUUUAAAUGAAAUCUUAGGUGAAAUGUAUAUGACACUUUUAAUUUGACCUUCUAGUGUUUUUAGCUGAUUAUUUGUCAUUUUUUUAUGGAUUUUAAACUAUGGGAAAAUAGUGUAGCCAGCUGCCACCUAUCCUGAAGUGAAUAGCUCUGAACUACCCACACUGAAAUCCUUCAGUAUGACUAAUUAUGAGUUUUUAAAAAAUAAGAGUUUUCUUAUGUCAAGAGGACAAUUUGUCCCCUUUGUUUUGAAGCACCGAUGUUGCUUCCAGAGCUUAAGAAUGAGAUAAUUGGCAGACAAAUUCAGCAUUUGUACAGCAAAUUCGUAUUUAUCUAAAGCAAUAAAUAAAAGGAAUCCAGCAUUAAAUUAAAUCCAUAACCCAUAACAAACCUUGAUUUUAGCCAAAAAUGUCUCCCUAAUCAGAAUCUUUUACCAGACUUGCUAAUAAAUAGCCAAAAAGAGGUGUGUUAAUAAGUGAAAUUGCCAGAUGUGGUCAACUGAUAGACAAAAAAGGAUUCAGACUGUAAUAUUUUGCCCCUGAAUAAUUGACAGUUGACUGUACUUUUACACAGUAAUUAGCCAGUCUGUUGUCUCUGUGUCUUAGUCCAGAGGGAAUAGUACCCAACUGGCCAAAUCCUGGCCCUUAGCAUUUCUUCCUUUAUUGCAUGUGAUCCAGCUGUUUUCAGUCUCGUUUUUAUGAUCUCUUUAUCCUGAUAGAGUUUGUCAUUGACCUAAACAUUUGGAAGAAACACACACCAGUAUAAAAUAUUUGAUACUGGUGGAAACUUGAACUUUGUGUUUUUAUGAAAAUUCAUUUAUGAGAAUAUGUAAUAUAACUAAAAAGAGUAUUUUAUAUAUAUAUAUAUAUAUAUAUAUAUAUAUACACACACACAUGUGCAUAUUUGUUAUGAGGUAUUAAAAAUGGGGGAGGGGGUGAUUUUGAUGGCUAACUUUUCCCUGAUUGAACUAUGUUUCUUUGAGUUGUAGAUGACCAAGUCGGGGGCCUGGAUGGCCAAUAAUAUUUAGAACUACUUGAAUGGAAAGCAAUCCUUCACUGGUUUUAUUCUUGGUAUUUUUAAAGAAUUAUUUUGAUAAUUUUAAUAGAAUGUGUAAUUUUAAAAUACACAAAAAACUUAAGGUAGUAUUGAUUAUAAAAAUAAUUAUUUAACAUGUCUUUUAUGGAUGUAUCUAUAUGUAUAUAGACAGUAAUAUAUUUAUAAAACAAAUAUACUUUAUGUUAUAGCUGUUCAUGACAGGUGGGAGGAUGGGGUGGUGUGUGUGUGUGUGUGUGUGUGUGUGUGUGUGUGUGUUUGUGUGUGUGUGUGUUUUGAAAACAAACUGUUUCCCCUCUGAUUUAAUGGUAUUUACUCUAAAGUAUAUUUGGUUUUCAUUAUCCUUUUUUCUAUCUAACUACCUUAUUCAAAAUAAGAUGUACAGUUUUAUGGCCAUUCUUUUGAGGUUUGGCUGAUCCAUUUUAUUAUUGUCUAACUCCUGGAGAAUUCCUGAGUGACCCCAAAUCAAACAGGUUAUGGCUACAGAUAACGCUUCUGUUCCAAGUAUAUUAAAGAUAAAAACUCAGCCAAAAUGUUAAGUUUCCAAGUUAUACACCAACAAAUAAAAUGGAGUAUUAAAAAAAUGUAUUUCACACAUUCAUGAGAAUAACAGAAAGCAGAGUGUUAAUAAAAGAAACAAAACACACAUUAUUAUAGAUCCAUUUAGGACAAUCCCCUAGGGUGGGGAUUGACAGACUUUUUCUGUGAAGGAUCAGAGAGUACAUAAUUCAGGCUUUGAGAAUCAUGUGGUCUUAAAAACCACUUACCUCUGCCUCUGUAGCAUAAAAGCAGCCACAGAUAAUAUGUAAAUGAACCAAUAUGGCUGUGAUCCAGUAAAACUUUAUUUACAGAAACAGACAGUGGGCCAGAUUUGGCCUGUGGGCCAUGGUUUUCUGAUCCCUGCCCUAGAGAUUGGAAAAUGGGCAUUUUAAGUAGUAAAUCUUGCUGUAUGUUAAUAGAAGAAAUAAUAACUAUUUCAGUUGACAUUCAAAGAAAAUUUAAUAGUUAUUGAUAUCCUUCAAAAGAGGAUUGUGAGACGGUCAUACUAAAGCAUCUUAAUUCAUUUAUGCCUGUUUACCUGGUGACACUCAUUAGAGAUAUUUCUUAUGUUUGACCACCCAAAAAAAAAUCAUUCUGUAAAAAGAUGUUUUAAUAAAUACUGAAAUAUUUUCAUGAACUUUUCAUUUCUAUUGAUAAAUGGGAAUCCCUUACUGACCUUUUGCUUUUUCAUGGCCUCAUGAACCAAAAAAUCUGUUGUAUUUUGAAAAUUGGCAUGUUGUUAAGUACAAAAAUUUUAAAGACUGCAUUUAUCAGUUACAUUUUUCUGUUGGUUUGGCUUCUAAUAAAUGAUAGAUCUGCCCUCUUAAAAAAUGGUUUUAAAGAAGGAUAAAUAUAUUGUAAUUUCACAUACUAUAGCUUUAUUCUGUAAGAUUAAAAAUUGUGACUAGUAUAAUUGUAACUAUAAUGUAAGUGUAUGUGUUACAUUGUGACUCUUUAUAAGAAACAAAGUGUAUCCCUGCUUUCUCUGUCCAGAUCUUUAGUAUAGAUUUUUUAGAUGCCUUGGAACUGUCCGUGGUGAAUGAUAAUCUUAAUAUGAUCAUGUGUAAUUUUGAAUUCAUUAGAAGUACACACGGCUGAGCAUGUUUAUUCAUGGCGGUUUAUACAUGGUAUUACGUCAAUAACGUCACUUUCAUAAGAACAUUAAAUAGUUGUGAACCUCACUAUCCACUUAAGUAUUAUACUGUCUUUUAAAAUUGGAAUACAACUCUAGUUUUAAACAAUGCUUAUGGUUUUAAAUAUUAAUUUUUUCUUUAAUGCUUUCUGUUAUCUUGUUAAUUACUCCUGUUACAGUAAUACCGUUAUGUAUUAGAAGUGGCUUUUUCCCUAAAAUCCUUAGUCUUUCAGAUUUAAAAACAAUUUAAGGUUUUGACCAUUUGGCAGUAGGAAAUAUCUGUGCAUGUUUCCAUUUAGUUUUAUGAAAUCUGUAAAGUUUCACUCCUUAAACCAUGUACCAAAUUUGCCAAUUUUCUGUCUAACUAUUUCAGGUGAAUAACAAAAUGUUGUCCAUUAAAAGCUUUUGCCACCUUUCCUAAAGCAGGUAUGUCCCAAGGGAAAAAGACAUUAAAGAGCAAUGGUUUGUUUUUAUAAAGAAUAUGUUUCAGGUUUCCUUCCAUUUUUUAAAAUUAUAUAUUUCCUAUCUAAUAUGAAAUGUCCACAAACAUGCAAACUUCUGCAGAGACAUAGCACUUCAUUGCAAGUAUGCCAGAUUAUUGAUUUUAUUUUUUUCUCCCAAGCCAUAAUUAUAUGGUGAUAGUAGAAUUUCUGAUUUGAUCCUGCAAACUUUUCUUACAGGAAAAGUAAGGCAAAGAAUACGUUUAGACUAACCAUCUGAAAAACUGAUGUGAUUCUAUUUAUCCUCUGUCUGUUCUGUGCAUUUCUGUAAUGGAAUUUUUAUAAUUCUAAAAGCAGUAUUUUAGACCUACUGGAAAUCCAUAUCAAAGCAGCUAUGUGAUUCUGCCACUGAGAAAAAAAAAUUAAAAAAUUCUUUUUUCUUA